CUCGGAUAGAUUCACUUCCUCAAAUUUGAGAGAGAAAAAAUAGAGUGAAAUCAUGGUGAAGAACUUUUCCGUGGACUGGCUUGCUCAGAGCUUUCAUGACCCGCCGGUUCUGGAUGUCCAGGAGCCGGAGAAAAAGACAAGGCCGCAUGUUCCGUGUGUGGUCCAGCCGAGACCUCCGACAUCAUACGACAAGGUUUAUUUACAACCAAAACCCAAAAUUAACAAAGCUGAGCUGAAGACGGAGAGCAGCAAAGAGACUCCAGCUCCGGUUACGCCAAGAAACUGCUCAUCUCCAAGCUUUUCAGAAAACAGCGGUUAUUCGUCGGGUUAUGAGAGUGAAGCGGCCGCUUCUGAAUGCGCUUCUGUCGAAGAUGGACACGACGCUGAGAAAGACGGAGCGACGCGCAGAAUCAGAACCAAAUUCACCCCGGAACAGAUCGACAAACUGGAGAAAAUCUUUAACAAACACAAAUACCUGGAUGCGGGAGAGAGAGUGAAAACUGCGCUGAAGCUCGGCCUGUCGGAAACACAGAUCAGAACUUGGUUCCAGAACCGAAGGAUGAAGCUGAAGCGGGAAGUGCAGGAAAUGCGCGCGGAUUUUCUGCUGCCUCAGAUGGUACUUCCGCCGGUCAUUCCCGUUCAGUAUCAAUGCUACGACAGACAGCGGCUCCCGUUCCCGCCACACGGGCCGCUGGUGCAGCAGAUGAUGAUGCCUCUUCAUCCUCACCAUCCUCAUCCUCAACAUCAUCAGCUCAUGAUGCCCAGACAUCAUUACUACUGAAGAAGGACUCAUUCAGAAGAGACUCUUGCCCUCUAAACACUUAUAUCACGCUGGUGUGCAAUAUCUGUACAGUGCUGCUUUGUAAAAUGAAAUAUAGCGAGGUAAAUGUUUAAUAAAAAAAGAGUUUAUUUAUGAUGAGAAAUAAAGUAUGUUUUUAUGACAAA